CAGCUUGAAGCCUCCAAGCCUCCAACACAAAGGAGAACUGACUCAGUGAAGUUAGAGUCUCAGAUACCAUGGGGCAGGACUUCGGAGUUUUCCACCAAUCUGGGAACUCAUUGGAAUGCCAAAAAAACUCUCUGUGUUUCACAUGCCCAAAGCCUAUCCACCAAAACCAAAAAAGCACCGGGUUCCUUUGAAGUGCACAAAAACAAUUCCUAUCUGGGUCAUUGCUUUUUGUCCACCAUGCCUGUGGCCCUCUUCCCACCGUCAGGAAGGUGCCUGAGAAGCUGCUCAGGCAGGUCUUGUCCUUCCCUGGCGGAAAGGAGAUUGGCGUCGAGCGAUUGGAGGUGGUGAGUCGCACCGUGGGGAGGAUGUGUGUUCAUCCUCCUGUGGUCGAGCACGCCCACGAUCUCAGCCCAUGUGCGUUUACCUUGAGUGGUCACCUGUGCCCCUUGGUCUGUGAGGCCGGCUUUGUACAUAGUGGAAGCCUGGCGUGCCAGGAUGGAGAAUGGUUGCGUCCUCACUGCGAAGAGAUCUCCUGUGACAAAAAGCCAGAUGUGGAGAAUGCCGAGGACCUCUCGCAUUGCGCCAACAGCGCCUCGGGGUCGCUGUGCGGCUUGGAGUGCCAGGCAGGCUAUCUCAGGACUGGUGACCUUGAAUGUCAUCGAGGUGCUUGGGUCGGAGGAGAAUGCCGUCCAAAACGCUGCAGGCAUGUGCCUCGUGUGCUGCAUGCGGACCAGCAUGCCCUGAGCCGGUGUCGCAACUUAGAAUCUGGCUCUGAAUGCACCUUGCAGUGUGAAGCCGGCUUUUUGCCCACAGGUACUGGGAAGCUGCAGUGUCAUUUGGGCAACUUCAGGUUGCAGAGUCUUUGUGAACCAGCAGCUUGUCACCAGAUGCCCAAGGUGCGGAACAGCGCUUCCAACCUGGCAGAGUGCAGUGGCCUGGAGCACAGCACCACCUGCGACUUCAAGUGCUCAGAUGGUUACCAGAAGGUCGGGAUGCUGCAAUGCUUCCACGGUCGCUUCACCUCCGCAAGGUGUGAGCCAGCAGACUGCAAGGAGCCACCCCAGAUCGAAGGCCUCUCUGAACACGAGGCUCUCCGCUGUGUGCCCCGCCGCUCGGGCCAAAGCUGCAACGCCACCUGCGACUUCCCCAUGCGGAUGCUGCCGAAGUUGAUCUGCAGUCAUGGCAAGUGGCCGGACGCCAAAUGUGUGCCUUACAGCAACCCUGGUGGGGAAGCUUGUCACAAGAGCCCCGUCCUGGAGCGAGCGGAGCAGUUGGAAUGCACGCAUGGACAGCAUGGGGAUGUAUGCGAGGCCUCCUGCAUUCGCGGAUAUGCCUUAAGCCGUCCAUUGAUGUGCUUGGACAGCCUUUGGUCUUCCUCCAGCUGUGAGCCCUUGUCCUGUGGUGCUCCGCCCACGAUUGCGCACAGCACUUGGCCGAAAUCCUCCUGUGAGGGCCAGGACCAUGGGUCUUUUUGCCCGCUCUAUUGUGAUCCUGGAUACUCCCCGGGUGGAUUGCCAUCCUUGCUUCCUGGAUCUUUAGAUCCCAAAAGCUUGCGCGAUCAGCUGGCGCGGCGGAGCCUUCGCUGCGUCGCGGGCGAAUGGCAAGGCCCCGGCUGCUUGGAGGCCGCUUGUGACCAGCCUCCCGUCAUUCGGAAGGCCACCCCGAAGUCGCUGAAGGCUUGCGCCUCCACGAGAUCUCGGAGCAUUUGCCGUUUUGACUGUGAAACGGGCUUCUUCGCCGCUGGCUUCCCUGAAUGCAUCAAGGGUGAUUGGACCUCGCUGGACUUGGCGGUUUGCGAGGAAGCUCCCUGCAUGGGUGUGCCAAAGGUGGCUCACGCCAAGGACACCACAGCUUGUGCAAAUCGGCAGUCUGGCCAGAUUUGCCCCAUCGAGUGCCAGGAAGGCUUUCAGUUGCUCACCGAGCUUCGCUGCUACAAGGGUGUGUGGCUGCCAACAGAGUGCGUGGCAUUUUGUUCAGUUCCCACAGAGGCCAUUGGUGGCGCCAUCAGCUUGAAGCAUUGUGCUGGCACUCCGGUGGGCAAGACCUGUGCGGUGGUUUGCCAGCCAGGGCUGCAUCCCGCAGGGCGCAUUGAAUGCUUGCCCGGAGGUCGCUGGAGCGAGUCCAGCUGCUUCGACCCUGCGGAGGAGCUCCUGCAUGAGGUGCUGCUGCGAGUAGAGGCCGAGGGUUUGGAAGACUUCCGCGACUUCUCGGAGGCCAACGAUGCUGAAGCCUUCGAGGUGGCGUGCGCGGCCUUUGAGAGGGUCCUGGCCGAGGAUUUGAAGGUGCCGAUCAGCCUAUUCUCUUCCAAUCUCACUGAAGACUCAGAGACUGGCCGUCAUCUCUAUUGGCUGGAGGUGAAAGUCUUGUGUAGUGAGAUCCAGGAGGUCAAGCCGCUGGUGGUCCGUGACGAUGCCAUGCCUGGCUUUGAGAUCUCUGGCUUGAGGGAGUUCUCGGAUUGUGACAAGAAGCUUCAGCAGCUCAAUCGGUCAAUUCACACACUGCAGGCAGAGACUUACCGCUCACAGCUUUGCAGCAGGCUAUGCAAGGAGAUCGAGGAGAUGAGCUGUGUGCCGGAGUGCGGUGACAGCGUCGUGGGCUUUAAUCUUUAUCCAAAGAGCUUGCAAAUGCAAGUGCUGGAGGAGGAAUCAAUCCGAGGCCUCAACCUGACCUCCAUUCAGAAAGCAUAUUUGAUCUGA